UGCUCAGCAGCAGCAGCAGCGGCUCCGUUCCGUCUCUUCCCGGAGAGACCGCCUCCAUUUUAACACCGACACCCGGCGCAGGAGCAGCGGCCCGCGGCGGACUCAGCGGCCGGCGGAGGGACACGUUUCAUUCUCCAGCGAACCCCCGGAGAGAGGCUCUAGUUCCUCGGAUCUGAAUCCGCCUUUUCUCUCUCGGAUUGCGGCGCUGCGGCGUCACACAGCCGGCGGGACGCGUGAGGCUUUAACGAGGUCUUCUUUCUGCGGGGAAUUGGUCCCGAUUAAGCGGCGGAGAGGAGGAGCGGCUUCUGGUGGUCAGGUUCCCUGCCAGGAUGCAGCAGUGAGCAUGCUCCCGGUGCUGAUCCUCACCAUGGUCCUCGGCGGCCAUGCGUGCAGUGGCCAGGACAACCGCUCCGCCCACAACGAGUCCAAAGACUUCUGCUACUCGGCCCGCAUCCGCAGCACCGUGCUGCAGGGGCUGCCAUUCGGGGGCGUGCCCACCGUGCUGGCCCUGGACUUCAUGUGCUUCCUGGUGCUGCUCUUCGUCUUUUCCAUUCUACGCAAGGUCGCGUGGGACUACGGCCGCCUGGCGCUGGUCACCGACGCCGACAGACUGAAGCAGCGUUUCAGCGGCCUCGAGGAGCAGGAAUACGUUGCCUCGGCGAUGCACUCUGAGACGCCCGACCGUUACGAACGCCUCACCUCCGUGUCGUCCUCUGUGGACUUCGACCAGAGGGACAACGGUUUCUGCUCGUGGCUGACGGCCAUCUUCAGAAUAAAGGACGAGGAGAUCCGGGAGAAGUGUGGAGAAGACGCCGUUCACUACUUGUCGUUCCAGCGUCACAUCAUCGGGCUGCUGGUCGUCGUCGGCGUUCUCUCCGUCGGCAUCGUUCUGCCCGUCAACUUCUCUGGAGACCUUCUGGAAAACAAUGCUUACAGCUUCGGACGCACCACGAUAGCCAACCUGAAGUCUGGGACUAACCUGCUGUGGCUGCACACGUCCUUUGCCUUCAUGUAUCUGCUGCUGACGGUCUACAGCAUGAGGAGACACACCUCCAAGAUGCACUACAAGGAGGACGACCUGGUGAAGAGAACUUUAUUCAUUAACGGCAUCUCCAAAUACGCAGAGGAGACGCAGAUCAAACAGCACUUUGAACAGGCGUAUGAGAACUGCACGGUGCUGGAGGCUCGGAUCUGCUACAAUGUGGCCAAACUGAUGUCUCUGAACGGCGAGAGGAAGAAGACGGAGCGCAGCAAGAAGUUCUUCACCGACCUGAUGGCCAAGGAGCACGUUCCCACCAUGAUCAACCCGAAGCCCUGUGGACACCUGUGCUGCUGCGCCAUCACCGGCUGUGAGGAGGAGGAGGCGGUCAGCUACUACACCAAGACGGAGUCCAAGCUGAAGGAGGAGUACAGGAAGGAGAAGGAGAAGGUCCACACCAAACCGCUGGGCAUGGCCUUCGUCACCUUCCAGAACGAGUCCAUGACGGCCAUUAUUUUGAAGGACUUUAACGCCUGUCAGGUUCAGGGUUGCCGUUGUCGCCAGGAGCCGCGUUCCUCUCAGUUCAGUGAGGCGCUUCACGUUUACAACUGGAGCGUCUCGUAUGCGCCCGACCCGCAGAACGUCCGCUGGGAGCACCUGUCGCUGGGUGGGAUCUCCUGGUGGAUCCGCUGCUUCAUCAUCAACUGCAUCCUCUUCCUCCUGCUCUUCUUCCUCACCACCCCCGCCAUCAUCAUCUCCACCAUGGACAAGUUCAACGUCACAAAGCCGGUGGAGUACCUCAACAAUCCCAUCGUCACUCAGUUCUUCCCCACUCUGCUGCUCUGGGCUUUCUCUGCUCUGCUGCCGACCAUCGUCUACUACUCGGCCUUCUUCGAGGCUCACUGGACCAGGUCUGGAGAAAACAGGACGACGAUGCAUAAAUGUUACACCUUCCUGAUCUUCAUGGUUCUGCUGCUGCCGUCUCUUGGACUCAGCAGUCUGGAUGUUUUCUUCCGCUGGCUCUUUGAUAAGAAGUUCCUGGAUGAAGCCACAGUCAGAUUCGAGUGCGUCUUCCUGCCAGAUAACGGAGCGUUCUUCGUCAACUACGUCAUCGCCUCUGCGUUCAUUGGGAACGCCAUGGACCUGCUGAGGAUCCCCGGUCUGCUCAUGUACAUGAUCCGGCUCUGCCUGGCCCGCUCCGCCGCCGACCGCCGCAAUGUCAAGAGGCAUCAGGCCUACGAGUUCCAGUUCGGAGUGGCGUACGCGUGGAUGAUGAACGUCUUCACGGUGGUGAUGGCCUACAGUAUCACCUGUCCGAUCAUCGUCCCCUUUGGUCUGAUGUACAUGCUGCUGAAGCACCUGGUGGACAGGUACAACAUGUACUACGCGUACCUGCCGUCCAAACUGGAUAAGAAGAUCCACUCGGGGGCCGUCACCCAGGUGGUGGCGGCCCCCAUCCUCUGCCUGUUCUGGCUGCUCUUCUUCUCCACCGUACGCACAGGUUUCGAGACGCCGACCUCCAUGUUCACUCUGGUGGUCCUGAUCAUCACCAUCGUGGUCUGUCUGUCUCACGUCUGCUUCGGACACUUCAAGUACCUCAGUGCUCACAACUACAAGAUUGACACCAAGGACAACGAAGUGGACGCCGUUGAGAACGGACGUCCAGUUCGUCCCUCGUCCUCCCCCAUCACCAAGUCUCAGCAGCAGCAGCAGCAGCAGAUGUACAUCGCUCAGGUACUCCAGGACCCGAACUCGGAUGAGCCGGGCAUUGUCAGCGUGGAGGAGGACCGAGGGUCGUCCCAGGACGAGGAGUUGUUGAACGGAGGGAACAGCAUCAACGAGGCGGAUUUUCAGUCAGGGGAGGACAGUCUGAUCGCCAACGAGGUCCACCAUUAGCUGGGGUGGAGCUCCAGGAAGGGGGCGGAGCUAGUUAGAGAAAAAAGCUGACUGGAGAAUCACCACACACACACACACACACACACACACAGACAGACUGAUGGUUCGCUCCUCCCCCUUCCAGCUCGAAGACUUGACCCUGACGUUGACACCAGUCCUUUACGUCUGUGGAAACUUGAUGGACAUCAAACUGUGUCCACAUGAAGUCACUGUACAUAACCACAAAGCCAAACGUUUUUAUUUUUAUUUCUUUCGUUUUGUUUUUCUCAGGGGGGGGGGGG